AUAUGCUAGAGCAGAUUUUGUCCAGUCUCUUCUUUUGUGUUUCCAUACAGUUUUAUCCUCCAAUGGAGUGGAUACUUGACUGGAAACAGGCCCCUAACUAGACUUUAAAGGUUCUUUUGUCAUCUAUAAGGACAGCAGAACACAGUCAAAUGCUUGAUGCCUUAUUUUUUUUUUUUUUUUGCAGGAAGAUAACUAACAGAACUAGUUAUGUUAGCAGGAAUGCUGUAAAUUGUAACCUUGAGUUCACUAUGUAAAAUGUAAGACACCCACUUAAACUCAUACAAAAGGAAGCCUCUAAGUCAGAGAAUUUUAGGUAAAUUUAAAAAUGUUUUCUGGAACAGUGAUAUAUUAGAUAUUUAAUGUGAAAUUAAAGCAAGAGCUUUUCAUUCUGAGAAAGCUACUGAGGGCUUUAAUCUCCAAUACAGGCUUCAGAACCAGUGAAAGCUUCCUCUGUCAGCUGCCUGCUUUAAAAAUAUGUAUGUGUGUGUGUAGACUAGGACACCUCUAACUUACCAUCUUUUGUGGUCAAAGUUUGUUUCUUUAAGAGUUUUCCACUCCAGGAAGGUAUCAGGCAAUCAGCAAUUUCCCAGGACAGCCAGAGGGAUCAAAAACUUUUCUUCAGCAUAAAGAAGUGCACGUGGCCAUAUCUGCCCAAACUGAUUUCAUUUGGAGAGACUGUCCUCCCUUUUAGCUUAGUUUUAAGGCAAUUCAAAAAUCUCCCACUGCUGAGAUGAAAUAUUGGACUGUGUUUUAAUAAGGUAUUAGGAAAUGGCUAACUAAUCAUAUUUUUAAUGUGCAGCCACUCCUGCUGGUGUAGGCUGGCAGCCUGCAGUGUCGCACGGUGCUGUGACGUGAGCAGGUGACCUUAGGGGAAGGAGGGAAGGCACGGAGCUGGAGAGGCGCCAGGGAGGUGCUCCAGCACUCAGGCAGGGAUGCUGCAGCUGGCGAGCGCUGGUCCUGUCCCCUCGCCGGUACGAGUUUCACAGAUUAUCCCAAGCAGCCGUCUGUCGAAGGACAGGGGGAUACACAUACCUCAAAUAUUUACGGUGCCUGUACUUUGAGAAUGGGAUAGUUCGUUCACAUCUGUGAACGGGCCACUUUUAAAACAUCAAAAUAAACCAUCUGGCUGCGCAAGUGUUUCUAAUUACUUCCCUGCCUAGACUGUAAACUUGGGGGUUUGGCAUCGGCCUCCUCCCCAGAGCGCUGCCCAAAUCCCGCUCCCAGGCAGCUAAUCAGAGCCGCUGCAGCCCGGGGGGAGCAGCGCUGGAGCCGGCCCUGUCCAGCCCGCAGCUCUCCGCGUGCCUGGCGGCUCUGUCCGGCUGUCUGUCUGUCGGCGCAGGAGCGCUCCGGGCGCGGCUCGGCGCGGCUCGCACCAUGCUGGGGCUGGCGCUGCUGCUGCUGCCGCUGCUGCCGGGCCCCGCGCUGCCGGCCGGGCCCCCGGCCCCGCGGAGCGGUUUGGGUAUUCCCGCUUCGUGCCGCCUGUCCCGGGCCGAGUCGGAGCUCAGGUGCCGCGUCCCAGGGGGGAAGCUGUGCAGCGGCAGGGGCAGCUGUGAGUGUGGGGUCUGCAUCUGCCAAGUGACUGAGUUUGGCAAAUACUACGGUCCGCUCUGCGAGUGCCACGACUGGGUGUGCGAGGCCUACGACGGGAAAAUCUGCACAGGCCAUGGAAAGUGUGAUUGUGGGAAGUGCAAAUGUGAUGAGGGCUGGUACGGUGAAGCUUGUCAGUAUCCAACUACUUGCAACCUUACACGGAAGAAAAGCAAUGAAAUGUGCAAGAAUUCUCAAGAUGUCAUCUGUUCUGGUGCAGGCACAUGUCAGUGUGGCAGGUGCAAAUGUGCAAACUCAGAAGGGAAUGGACUGGUAUAUGGCAAAUUUUGUGAAUGUGAUGACAGAGAGUGCAUUGAUGAUGAAACAGGAGAGAUUUGUACAGGCCAUGGAAAGUGUUACUGUGGAAACUGUUACUGUGAGGCUGGUUGGCAUGGAGAUAAAUGUGAAUUCCAGUGUGACAUCACCCCCUGGGAGAUCAAGAAAAGAUGCACAUCUCCAGAUGGCAAAAUCUGCAGCAACAGAGGCACAUGUGUAUGUGGGGAAUGUACAUGCCAUGAUGUGGACCCAACUGGUGACUGGGGAGAUAUUCAUGGAGAUACUUGUGAGUGUGAUGAAAGAAACUGCAAAGCAGUGUAUGAUAGAUAUUCUGAUGACUUCUGUUCUGGUCAUGGACAGUGUAAUUGUGGAAGAUGUGACUGUAAAGAAGGAUGGACUGGGAUAAAGUGUGAACACCCACAUUCAUGUCCAAUGUCAGUUGAAGAAAGUGCUAAGAAAUGCCAAGGAAAUUCUAAUUUACCUUGCUCUGGAAGAGGGAGAUGUGAAUGUGGCCAAUGCACUUGUUUCCCUCCAGGAGACAACAGAGUUCAUGGCAAAAACUGUGAAUGUGAUGAUCGACAGUGUGAAAAUGCAGAUGGCGAUGUCUGUGGGGGCCAUGGUAUCUGCUCCUGUGGCCGAUGCAUUUGCCAGGAUGGGUGGUUUGGAAAGCUGUGCCAGCACUCGAGGAAGUGCAACCUGACGGAGGAGGAGAGCAGAAGUCUCUGCGAGUCAGCGGAAGGCGUAUUGUGCUCCGGCAAGGGCUCCUGCCACUGUGGAAAGUGCAUCUGCUCACCCCAGGAGUGGUACAUUUCGGGUGAUUUCUGCGAAUGCGAUGACAGAGACUGCGACAAACAUGAUGGUCUCAUUUGCACAGGUAACGGUGUUUGUAGCUGUGGAAACUGUGAGUGCUGGGAAGGAUGGAAUGGAAAUGCUUGUGAAAUCUGGCUGGGAAGAGAAUACCCUUAAUGAAAGAUUGAGGAGGGUUUUUUGUUCCUUUUUCUUUAGGCUGCUAGGACAAUUAAUUUCAGAAGUCUCUGGGUGUGGGUAUGCAUGCACACACACAUAUGUGGUUGUAAACACCUUAGAACACAUUUGAGGUUCUGCUCCAUAAAGAAAUGCAUCAGAAAACUAAACAAGGGAGCAGAACAGCCCAAGCUCUACUGGGUGAAGUCAUAAAAUACUGGCCCUAUGGAACUUCUCCAGAGAUAUUUUGUAAAUUCAGUGGGACCGAUAUUAUACCUAUAAUAACUAUUUCUUUGAGCAACCUGAGGCAAAGGUAUAAGAAAACCAUUUUUUAACAUUAUUUACUUGGUUGUCAUCUAUCCUUAUCAGUAUGCCAAAAUGCACCUGUAGAAGUAGAAUAUUUGUCAAAUAAUUAUUUUGAUUUGUUUUAUGGUGUUUGAAUAUUAUUUGGCCCUUUUUUCCUUUCCAACAAUCCUGAUUAUGAACCAACUCAGAAAUUGAGAGGACCUGUAAAGAAGCUUAUAAAAAUAUUAUUUUUUUUAAUUUGGUCAAAUAAAUAUCUAAGUGAGGUCCAAUUACAUGACACUCAUAGGCUGAAGACCCAAAAUGUUUGAAUGGAAUCUUCUUCCACACAAGAACUUUUAGUUUCUGUGGUUGAUAGGUCCGUAAGUUGGUUAUCUAAUCUACAUAUUACAAUACUUUCAAGUACAUAACCUAUAGAAACAUAUGGAAAGAAACUAAUAAAGAUAUAAAAGUAUGACUGCCUCUUCUGCAUAUGUAUUCUGCAACUCCUGUUGUACAGUCCUGUGUGUCUACUGUUGCCUCCUACAUGUAAAGCAAAUGAAAAUUUUUUAUAUUAGUAAAUUUUAGGAUGAAAAUUCUGUCUAACCUUAGAAAUCACUUUUAUGAUUGCCCUGUCACACAUGGAACUCACUGAAUUUAACUGCUUUCAUAGAAACUGGGAACCUGAACAUCAACUGACUUGAAAAUCAUCUGUGCUAUGCAGUAGCUUGGUCUCAGCCAAAGAUGUUUGGACAAUGUCAACAAAGUAAUUAAAGUUUUAAUACAGUAAAUACAAACAAAGCAGUGGUAUGAACAAAAAUUUUAUUUUUAUUUUCCAAUGGUGAAAUGCUGCUCAGUGUGAAAUUCACAUUGAGUUAUGAAUGAUGCACAACUAUUGGGACUUCCCUAACUUAUUUACAUACGAGUCUCUUAUUUUUUUGUACAUGUAGAUUUGGCAGCCCUUGAAUUCUUUAGAGCAAAAAAAAGAAAUAUACAUUUUAGUUUCAAAAGUGUUUACAUUUUGUGAAACCAUGAUUGAGCAAGAAAUUGAUUCAAUGGCUCAAAAAUACUUCUUUUAGAUACCAAACUUUAACAUUGUGGUUUAGGUGCCAAGGUCCUGAUUUUUGAAGAGGUACAUGACUUAGGAAUAAUGGAACUAUGUAUUAACAACAACAAAAAAAGUGUAUUUCCCUUAUUAGUCUAGAAAGAACUUUUCUUUUAGAAAGGACAGUUUUGAAGUAGGAAAAUACAAUGGUAGAGAACAUGUAAUAAGAUUGCAAAAUUUCAAAUUAAUUUAUUUAAAUGCUUUAUUAUUCCCCCGUCCCAUAUAACUUGCUCUUUAACCACCACUUUUUUUCUCCUAUAACCUGGGUUCUUUUUCUAAAAGUGAAGCUUGGUGAAGCCCAUAUUCUCAGGGAGUACCAUUACUAAACAUCCAACCUAUAUAUAAGCUAUGAAGAUAAAUAACUAGACAUACAUCCCAAAGCUGCUAGCUACUGUCUUAUCAGAUAACCAAAGUAUCAGGCAGAGUUCUAAACUGUACUCAUAAAGCAUAAAGAAUCUUCAAAGUAAAAUUCAUCCUGAAACUUUAAUUUAUAUUCUAUACCUAAACCCCUUAAACUCCAUGAAGCUCAACAGGAAUAUUUUCUUAAGCUUUAGCAGAUUUGCAUUUUGCCAACCCUCGUGUCUGGAGAGCACAAAUUGUUGCUUUUAUUUAUAUUUAUGAAUAAUGAAUACCACUGACCUGAAUCAUCUCAUAAUCACUGGGUUUUAUGGCUAUACAUUCAUCUGCUGAAUCAGAGUGUAAACAAUGAAGGAUACAAAGUUCUCCUUGCUUUCCUUCCAUUUGGAUUUGUAUUAAGAAAAUAUGAGAUAAUCAAAAUUCUUAUCUGGUGUCAAUAGAUGCCUUUGACUUGUUCGAUGACAUCAAAACAUUCCUGUAUACUGUAGAUUAGCUGUGGUAUUUCAGGUACUCAUUCAUAUAUAAAAGAACAAUUUUUAAGGGGUGUUAGGGUCGUAUUUGAUGCAUUAUACUUUGUCAUUUGCUUUAAGUUUAUAUACUUAAAGAGUAUAAAGUAUUUUUUAUUUCUACUUUGAUUUUUUUUAAACCAAUCAGCUCCAAUGUUUUUGACUACUGAAUGGAUUAUGCAGCCACAGCAUUUCAAAAAGUGUUACUCAAGUUGUUUGUUAACUUACACACAGAAAAAAAAUCAGAAUGUCUAAGAGUUACUUUCAGUGGUUCAUUUAAAUGCAACUAUCAAACAAAACGGUGCUAUAACUAUAAACCUUAAAGUAUUAACUAAGACUACUAAAAAUGUAAUGUACACAUUGAUUCUUUUCCAAUAUUUCUUCUGUUUCCUAUAAUGUUGCUUGAACAUUUCCCCUGCUCUUCAUGCGGAGGUAACUGGUGAUGUGACACCCAGUAUAUCUGUUUUGUGGCUCAUUUCCUCUCUAGAAAAAUGAAAUCAGAAGGAAUAAGAUUAUUAUUCCACAUAUUUGAAUAUAAUAGCUGUAUUGAUAAAUUGUUAUCUUUUUCCCUUAUCUCAUUCCCUGUGAUGGGAAUCACAGAUGAAUAAACUGUAAGUGCAGGAAGACGCAUCAGGAAGUGAAACUUACUGCUUGAUUCUUCAUAGUUAGUGACUGUAAAAACCUACUUCCAGGCCUGUGGCAAAAGGAAAAACCAAAUUGGAUAAAAGGGGACUUUUUACUGAUGAAAUUAUUAAAUCUUCUAAACAAAAAGAUACUUUAGCCUUGUUUUCGUCUUAUGUGAGAAAGAACACAAUCCAGAAGUGUGCCAGUGCUUCUAUAAUAGACUUGCAGGAUUAUGCCUAUUGUGUAUAACAUAUCUAUAAUAUCACCUAUAAAAAACCUGUGGAUUUAUUUGCUUCUAUAAUUUAUUAACCUGCUUGUGAUCCUUUCUUUUUCCACUGGUUAUAUUCUUUCUUAGAAACACAUAGAUGCACUUUAUCAUGUACUUGCUCUCACUUUUCUGAUGCAUUGCCCUUGCUUCUUUGCAGAAUGACAUCUCACUUUGUAGCUAAAUGAUACAGCUAAAUGAUAUUGGGAUGAAAUUGAAUAUUUAUGUGACUAAGUAAUUGAACAAAAAAAUUUAUUACAUCCUUAAAAAUACAUCAUAGCAUUUGCAUUAGUCAUCACAGAAAAAAAAACAAAAAACAAACUGUUAUUAAACAUUUUAUAAUGCAUUGCAUGAAACAUGAAUUUACCUAAAGGGCCAUUUAAGAGAAAGAGAACUUUCUUUUACAGAAAAGAAAUUUUCCUUCCUAAUUUUCCUUUCAUUCCCAUUUGAAUGUAUCUGAAUAAUGUAUUCUUUAUACCAAUAAACAGAUGGAUCAUCAUAAUACACUUUUACUGCAUGGACCAAACUGCCUGCUUUCAUAUCUCAUUGCUUAAACUAGUCUUAAACCAAGACAAAAAGUUUCCCUGUAUAUAUAUAUGUAAAGCCAGGGUUCUUAGUAUUGUUUCAGGUAUACACCAUAGUCAAAGUGAAUUGCUUUACUUUAUAUCUGGUGAAGGGGAGGGGCUGGGAGGGGUUUAUUAAGAACCAACAUUUAUGAAAAUGACAGUAUAUUAAAAAAUCAAUUGAGAAUGGCUAAAAACCCACCAAACGAAGCAAAAGCUGUUAUGUGAACUACAAAGCACUUAAAAGGAGCUAGAGACCCUUCCAUAGGCUCUACCAUGUGAGCAAUCUCAUAAGGAUUCUUGUGUAUUUAUAACAUAUUUGAAGUACAGCAAAAUAGUGCUUUGUUGAAGUAGUUCAUGUCUCCUCAAAACUGGAUCUCUAAAAUUGUGCAGGUGUGACUGAUUUUGCCAAAUAGAACUGUAGCUGAAAUACAGAUCAAAAAAGAGAAGAAAAUGGCUUUGUGCAGUGUCAACAUAUAAAAUGGCAAGAUGAGGUUAGAUUGUAGUGUGAACAGUCUCUCAGAGAUUAGAGAAAACCCAGAAGAACAAAAUACAAUGCAAGCAUGCAAAAGACCUGGAACGCUGCAGAUUCACAGACAGCUGCACAUGUAAGUACAAAAACCCCAAUCUGUAAAUACAAAUUGAUUCCAUCAGGUUUACUAUACAGUACUUUAGUAGUAACAGACAGUUGAAAACAGAUUUCACUUAACAGCAAAAUUAAUUUUAGAGGGAAGAAAAUGGUGAAGUCUCAUCCUGGAGAACAGCAAGAGAGGUAUUAUAUUAAGGAGCUGAAAUUUUCUUUGGCAUGGUAAAGGGGGAGAACUGAGUUUGCCAACCUAUUUACAUGAAGUUUCACCAUCCUGUGGCCAGUGCAAUGAUGCAUUGCACAGUCUACUUCUUACAUAAACUUUUUUGUUGGUUUCCAGUAUGUCUUCAUAUAAAUGUUUUAUUCAUUGUGUUGAAUCUGUGUAUACAACAAAUAAGAAUAAACACAAACUGUACAACGCAGACAAACUCGUUGCAUAUAGCUAUGUGAAUUUGUAACACUGACCAACAGUUCUUUGACAGACACAACCUACAACAUGCAGUUAAUUCAUCCUUUUCAUACUCUUCCCAUGCAACAGCUGAGACAAGACAAAAUUAAAGGGAGGAAACAAAGCACAAAGAUACCUUUGUUGUGUUUAAACAGAUUGUAGGGAAAAAAAAAUCCUAGGACACUGAUUCAUUGGAUUAAACACUCAUAUGAAUUUAGUCCACAGAAGGAAAAAAAAACAAACCCAAACCAAAACCAAAAAACCAAACCAAAACAAACAAACAAUCAAAACCCCCAAAACAAACAAACUGAAAAAGCAACCUGUAUUUCCAGUAUGCACUAACUGCUUAAAAACAUUAAAUCUGGCCUUAACUACAGCCUCCCAAACUGGUUCACUGAUCAUAGUUAUUCAGGACCAAAAAGUUAAUGUUGAAAACAAUGCUUAUAGAGGAUCAGGCAAGGAACCAGAUCCUCCUUGCUUGGCUCAGCCAGGUCUCCAGCCAUGUCUCUCCUCAGGCUCUUACACUGGGUGAGUAAAAAGACAGCUGAAUGGGACAUGAACUCGUGUAUUCCCUCCUCACGAAUCAGGUGAGAGAGAACAUUGCCUUCAGCUGUUUUAUCUUACUUGAAAUAUUGUGUUCUCCUCUUACAACUGCAGGAAGGCCUGGGGCCACAGAAGGGCCCGGCCGACAGCACAGCGCCAAGGCUGCUGCCUCUCGUGGGUCGUGCAGCGCAGGGCAGGCCCCCAGCUCACAUCUCAGUUGCUUUGGUUUGAUUUUGUUUUCUCAGGGAAGGUGCACAAAUCCCACUGGACCAGAUGGGAUGAGAAGGGCACACCAAAGUUUUUAAUAAAGUGUUGUUUUCCCCACGCACACAGAUUUAGUGCUAGCAGGCAAGGGCACAGUCUUAAGUCAAAGUUUCUUUGCAUUUUUAUCACAGUUUUAGAUUAGGUUUGUAUUUUUUUCUCUACAUGGAUAGAGGGCUUCAUGCUUAACUCAUUCCCUCCCUAGAAAGACCCAACAUCAAGCAUUAUCUUGCUGUUCUCAUAUCACACAUACAAAAAAAAGUCUGACCUACAGAAAAAAAGAAAAAGUUCAUCUAGAAUUUAGCAGCUUUACAGUAGCCUCCUUGAAGAGUGCACUAAAUGUUGCUUAUAAAAACAGAACACAUUUGAAAACUAGUAUGAAGAGUUCAUUCAGACUGAAUCAGACUGUUCAGCUGAGCAGGCAGGGAGUUUGAAAUAAUCAGCAGUCUCUGUUAGGGACUUCAGCACAAAGAUGUGAUAAAACAAAUUGCCAGAAAUACAAUGCUAAAAAAGGAACAGAUGGCUUCUUCUUUUUGUCUUUAAAUAUCAAGGUAACAGCAAGAGGCAAAGAGAGUGUUGCCACACAGUUUUCCAGACUGAGAUACAAUUUGAUCUUUGCUGCCAUUUCUAAGGAACAAAUUCCUUCUUAAGCAUUCAGAGAGUGCCCAUAUUUUUCAUCUUCUGAAAACCUGUGACUAAGCGUGCAAAAACCUCAGUGGCAUCUCUGUGGCACU